GCGACCAUUCAGUCUGGCGUUAAACUAACAAUAUUCCAAAUGGUGGACAAGUGGUCCCAAGAUAAUGUCGGCAAAUGGCUGCAAAGCAUUAAUCUCAUAGAUUUUAAGGAAACAUUCAGAGAGCAGGAAAUUGAUGGGGAAACUCUUUUGGGACUCACAGAGAGGAUGAUAGAGAAGCUUUUUCCAGUCAUUAAGCUACAAGUGUUGUUCAUGAAGGAGCUCCAACAUUUAAAAAACUCUUCUACUUCAGAGCCUGUAACUGCAGCACCCUGUAAUGGACCAUGUGAUCAGCAAGGGCCACUGUCACAUGUGACCGAACCAUGGCCUGCAGUAUUCUGUUUACCAGACUUUCCACCAGAAUUAAAAGCUGCUCUGCUGAGAAAGGAUCCUGCCUUUAAAAAGAAGGAUAAAUCACAUUUGCGUGCACUGUUGAUUCAAGUGUUGUUUGACAACAUCACUAAACACACAUGGUAUCCCAGUCACAAAAUGUACGGAGACGUUCUGGGUACCCUGACAAUGAAAUAUCCUUUUUUAAAGGAUGGCAGCUCUUCUGGACAUGCAACACUAUUGGAAUGUUUGCGUAACAAAUUUAAGAAGGAGAGAAGGCCUCUUCUGAAUUCAGCUUUAGUGGAAGAGAUGAAAGUCAAAUAUGGCUCAAAGAAGAGGACCUCCGCCCAGAUGACUGACUGCCAUUCCUCUACUCAAAUGCUUGCCAAAAGGAGAGGACACCCUCCAUCAACAGUUCAGCCAGUGCCUAACUCUUCACAAGAGAGGUUUUAA